GCGAUGAUGACCUGGAGCCAGGCUCAGCGGCAACGAAGGUACUCCAGCGAUUGCGGAGCUCGCCGAAACAGCCGAAGCCCGCAUUCUCCCUCCUUGGACCUGCCCAAAAGAAUGCAGGCGUUGCGGGCGCAGGCCUUCGCAGCCGUGGACCGAAGAGAACACGAGAUUGAGGCGUACGAGCAGGCGCUUCAGUCGGCACUGGCGGAGCUCCGGCGCGUGCGGGGCGUGGAGGAGGCGCGGCUGGCGGGCCGGGUAGAAGACGCCACGCGCCGCUUCGAGCAGCAGCUGGCGGGGCUACAGCAGCAGUACCUGGCGGAGGUGGAGAAGCUGAAGCGCCAAGCUGUGAGCGAGCUGCACAAGCAGCGGGCAGCCAGCGAGGCAGCAAUCGCCGCGCGGGUGCGGGCGCUGCAAGGCCAACUGCGACACGAGCGGCCCGCUGGCCUGGGGCUGGAUGUGGGUGUGGGUGGCGGCGGCGCGCACUCGCCGCGGCUAAUCACGGCAGAGUAUGGCAGCAGUCCCUCGGGCCGGCCCUCGCCAGGAAUGCGCAUGCGGAGCGCCCGGCCAGCCAGUCCGCUGUCGUCACCAGCCACAGGGCGAGGCGGCGGCAGCGGCGGCACGUUUGGGGCGGGCGGAGCGGCGGGAGCAUUUGCUUUCGGCGGCACCACUGUUUAUGAAGGCGGUCUUAGUCCUAGGUCCCCCUCCACUGCGCGCAUGUGGUGAUCUGUUGCGAUCCGGCCAAUGGCGGGGAGUGACCGGAUAUGCGGAGCGGUGGCGCAGGUCGGAGCCAGCAGCGGCUGGGCUGAUGGUCCUCGUGGCGGGUAGGUGGCAACGCGGGUGCACAGCCUGUAGUGAGCUCUGCUGCACAGUAGAGCUUCUGUGAGUGAGGAUUUCUGGACUGUCAAGGCUGGCCUUAGGUCCAUAUGAUACGGUAAAGGGGAUUCGUCAAAGGAGGGAAGAGGUCUUUGCGUAUGUUGUGUUGCACGGCCGCAAGCAAGAGCCCAGGGAGGGGUGUCGAGUCUUCCGACCAUCCAGGCCGCCCCGGAGUGUGCUAUGACGACGACGCGAUGAGUAUGACCUAGAUUUGAAACGAGAGUAUGAAUGGGAAGGCUGCCCUCGUCAGCAGCUAUGCACGCGGAAACAGGGCUGAGCAUGCCGCUGGGGACGGCGCCACGGCGGGGACUGGGGUCCAUCACACUGUUUCAGCCCGCCAUGUCCGCAAAUGCUAUGCUAUUCGAUGCAUGGGGUUAAUUCCUGUGACAAAUGGGCAAUUUGCGCAGCCGUUUGUAGCGGGAGCAGAUGCGGCUGGCAGGGGCUGGCUCCAGCCGCAAGUUGGCCACAACUGGUUACCGUAAUAGGCGAGGGCCUAGGCGAGCACUCGCCUUCCAGAGUCCUUAUCAACACUUGUAAGCAAGAAUAAUA